AUGUCGUCUUUUGAAAAUCUAUCAUCAACACAAAAAAUUCGCGCUGCUUUGCAUCGUGAUGUCCGAACUAUUGGCACGGAAACUUGCCAUUUCCUUGGUCUGGAGAUAACAAAGCCAGCUAUGGAAAUUGUUGCAGAACUUGUUUAUAAGAAACUGGCAGUUUAUGGCGCCGAUUUGGAAGCUUUUGCAAAGCAUGCCAAACGUUCUACAAUCACCGCUGAUGAUGUUAAACUUCUUGUGAGACGGUGUCCUUCCCUGAAAAGUCGCCUGGACGCUAUAACGCCGAGUCCUAAAGAAAAACGAAGAAAAACUGUAGUAGGCAAGCCAUCAGAAACACCAAUAUCAAAACAAAGAGAAGUAGAAAAUACAAAUGCGAAACAAAAAGAGCCAGAACCUUCGACGUCAAAGGAAAAUGUUCCAGAAAAUUCGAAACAUGAAGAAAAAGGGGACGGGGUAGCAGACUUCGAUAAUAUGGACAUUGAUGACAAUAUGAUUGAUCUAACAUUUGAUUAA